CCUCACUAUCAGCCUGUGCUUUGAUGUGACACGUGAAACUCGGUGCCGACGCUGGCUCAUAACUGCCCAUCCAUCCUAGUACUUUCACCCACUAUGCCCAAAGUUAAGAAGGGAUGUCAUCUGCUGAAGCAUGCAACUUCAAAUGUGCGGAAGAAGCUGGCUCCGCACUCUGAGCUGGGGUCAGGCCCCACUUCUGCACUGGAAUUGAUAGAUACACACCUCCAGUCCACUUCCACGCAACGGAACUAUAGCUCAGCAAUAACCAAUGCCAAGAAGUGGUUGGAAGAGAAUUGCCUCAAGUACAGUAACCCACUGUUGUCAUCCCCUGAGGAUCCAAAUCCGGAGGCAUAUCUCUUUCAACACAAGGAUGCUCUCCUUGCCUUCGACAAACCUGUGGAAAUUACUGCCAAACUACUGGCUGCAUACAUCACAUUCCGCGCUACUGAUCAGAACAAGUCUGUCUCAACUGUAGACAUACUCCGCUCCGCAUUCAAGUGGCACUUCAGGAAACUAGGAUUUGAGGGCACUUGGCAUCCGCACCCUUAUCCUGAAAAGUGCCAGGGAAACCCAUGUGAAUCCAGUCUGAUCAUUGACCUUGUCAAAUCUGUGAAGAAUUUGCGCGCAUCUGAGGGAACUAUCCGGAAUCAUGCAAGGGCAAUCCAGAUUAGCGACAUUAAGGCUAUUCAGGCUGUCACUGCUACUCAAUGUCCUCCAGACCUGAUUAGCAAGGCUCUUGACCCUAGUAUUCCCAGCAAGUCCUUCACCCUUAAACAACGUGACAACAUCCGCUCCCACCUCAUGUUGUGUACACUAACAUCUUUGGGCUGGACUCUAUGGACAAGGAAUGAAGAGCUCACUUCAAUCCUUAUUCAGCAUCUUGAUUGGGGACACGAGGAAGUCAGUCACAACCUUCCACACCUGCGCAUCACCCUGGUUAACCGCAAGGGCUGGCAAAAACAGAACCAUAGUGAUGAGUCUGGCUGCCAAGGCAUGGUGGUCUUCAGUACUGGUUUGCUCUUGCACCGGUUUUCAGAAGGUGGCCACUUCAUCAGUGCCAGUGGUGGGGCUCUCACAAUAUUCCAGCCAUCUACACUCCUCAAAUAUGCUAUGGAUAUGCUGAUCACCACAGAAACAAACUAUGGCGACUCACUUGCCCCGGUUCACAUUGACAACUUAGAGUCUCAAAAUGGAGCGAUGUCGCAACUCAAAGCAAUGACUGCAGAAGAAGCCCGCUCUCAGUUUGGCCACCUGGGUGAAUACAUGGGCCGUUUUGAGGAACGCAUGGGCCGGUAUGAGGAACACAUGCACCACUUCAGGCAUGGGCUCCGAAGCAUUGAUGACAGAUUUGCUUCAUUCCAAGUCUCACUGGAUCAACUCAGGCACACGAUAGGCUAUCUUAUUCCUCCUCACCCUGUUGCCUUCCACCACCAUGUUACUGGCUCCAGUCGGCCCCAGGAGCACCACGAUGAUGAUGGCCGACCCGCUCCGGGUGCUGAGCACACCACCAUUCCCCCAGUCCGCACACUUAAGGAUGCCAUUAAACAAUGGCUGCAUGGGGAUGAGAAUGAGCUCCGAGUGCCACUGAAGAACUGGAAGCGGGAAUGGUACACUGGCAAGCACUCGAGCACACAUGGAGUGACAUAUGGCAAGCACCGUCGUGUUGGCCAGAAAUAUGAUGAGUCUGUAGUCUCUUCCUUCUCUUCUCCUUUUGGUGACUAA